AAACAAAAUGAUGAGAAUUAGUAGCAUUGCAUUCCUUUUACUUUCAACAUGUUUAAUUGUUGCUGUUGGUUGUGCAUUUGGACAACAACCAAAGAGUACACCAGUUUGGCCAGGUACAUUCCGACAAACCUUUACUGAAACUACACAACUAUUCAAAUUCAUGUCACCUUUUGUUACCAAUGGUACUUAUUAUUAUGAUGUAACCAAUCAGAGACAACGUAUUGAUAGAUUGGAUGGAAGUCAUGAUAGAUAUUGUGGUUCAGUUCACUUUGACAAGUCCACUCCAUGUGUCCAUUUAGUUGUUAAAGAAAAGAGAUAUCUAGUUUUCCCAGAAUUGAAAUCAUGUUGUAUGUGUUGUACUGCAGAGAAUGGAUGUGGUGUCUUGAAGACUAAUUGGCUUUUCAAUUCCACCUAUAUUGGACAAACUACAUAUAAUGGAUAUCCAGUUCAUCAAUGGGAUAAGAAGGGUUUACAAAACAAUUACUAUUAUGAAAUGAUUGCAAAUAAUGUACCAGUUGCCAUUGAUCAACAACCUAAUGAUUUGAUGGUCUUUGAUCCAAAAUCAUAUUCAACUACUCCACUUCCUGAUUCUCUCUUUGCUGUACCAAGUUAUUGUACUGAUGAUAGUGGAAAGGAUCAUUCUUGUCCAUUCUUCUCUAUCUGUACUAUUGCUUAAAUAAAUAUUACAUUGAAU